GCAUCAACAGACCCGUUAACAAACCCGUAUAUCACACACGAUGGGAGGUUUCCGUUUCCCUGUGAAGGUCAAAAACCCCACCUGCUAUGUCAAUGCCCGUGUGUUGCGUGACAACUUCAAGCGUGAGAUGGCUGCUGAGAAUGAAGUCACCAUCCAGGCCUUGAAAUACAUUGCUAGAAACACUGCUCUGCCCUCAAGGGCCAGACUUGAGGCCCAGCUGCAGCUGACCACGAUGCCAAACUAUACACGUAUGAACACCGUUAAAGAUCGUUGUGUGUUCUCUGGCCAUGCCAGAGGUAUCAUCAAGGAGUUUAGAAUCAACAGAUACCAGUUCAGAGAGAAGGCUUUGGCUGGUGAGCUUCCGGGUGUCCGUAAGGGUUCAUGGUGAGGGCACCGAGCUCCUGAGCUGGUUUCGUAUACAGAUGGAACCAAUCUGUUGCGCAAGGACUGGUGUAUUUCCGUGCUGUUUCGAGUUUCUGCGGGGGAAGACAGGUCUUUGGCUAUGUACAUAGAUAUUGCUGUGAUGUGAGUGAGCGGGUGUGUAUUCUCCAUAUGUGCAACAGAGGGACUUUCCGCCCUAUGUCGCACGCUCUCAUCAAAUCUGAACUCAUUUAUAUAGAUAAUGUUGUUCUCUGUUAUGUUUUAAAGCA